AUGGCUAUUACAAGGCUUGUUAGGAUGCUUGAAGAGAACACAAAGAUGCAGGCCAGCACACAGGCAUGGAUCCCUGGCUUCAUUGACCCUAGACUGAAUGGCCACUUCAAUGGCAUGCAGGCCAGAGCAAUGAUCAAGUUGGCUGUUUCAUGCGUACAGGAAGACCGAAACAUGAGGCCCACCAUGGAAAAUGUGGUGCAGCAGCUUCUUUCAGUUCCAUGA